CGGCCGCUGGUUCCUAGGCUCCGUGGGCCCGGCAGCGGGGUUGGGGAGGGGGAGAGACAUCCAAAGCUGACCCACGGCAGAAGCGCUGCCUCUCUGGUAGCUGCCUAGACGGUCUCUGGCCUAGGAGCCUGCGACGGUCGAAGUUCCUAGUGCUGAGUGGAGGGUCCGGAAAAAGGAGCCUUUUAGGAGGGCGGAGCAGGCAGGACAGACGGACCACUGAUGAAGCGGGCAGGAGGCCGAUACGCCCGGUACACACCUUGACAUUUCUCGGGGUGCCGGGGCAGGAUGUACACGUUGCUUUCGGGGCUGUACAAGUACAUGUUCCAGAAGGAUGAAUACUGCAUCCUGAUCCUGGGCCUGGACAAUGCCGGAAAGACGACCUUCUUGGAACAAUCAAAAACACGGUUUAACAAGAACUACAAGGGGAUGAGUCUGUCCAAAAUCACCACUACCGUGGGCCUAAACAUUGGCACUGUGGAUGUGGGGAAGGCUCGCCUCAUGUUCUGGGACUUAGGUGGACAAGAAGAACUACAGUCCUUGUGGGACAAGUACUAUGCAGAGUGCCAUGGCGUCAUCUAUGUCAUUGACUCCACUGAUGAGGAGAGACUGUCAGAAUCCAAAGAGGCAUUUGAGAAGGUGGUUUCGAGUGAAGCACUGGACGGUGUCCCCAUCCUGGUGUUGGCCAACAAGCAGGAUGUGGAGACUGUGGCCUUCCUGAAAGUCCAAGUGAACAAGCAAAGCAAGCUAGAUGGAACUAGGUGGUGGAAGUGUUCCUCAGAGUCUCACCUCCCCUGUCAGACCUGCCUCUCCAUUCCUGACAUCAAGACUGCAUUCAGUGACUGUACCUGCAAGAUUGGCCGGCGAGACUGUCUGACCCAGGCCUGCUCUGCUCUCACAGGCAAAGGAGUUCGAGAGGGCAUCGAAUGGAUGGUGAAGUGUGUCGUGCGGAAUGUUCACCGGCCACCACGGCAGAGGGACAUCACAUAAGCACCAACUUUGCAGUCUUGGAACUGUUCAUCCCCUGGUGUUGGAAGAGCGCUCCCUGCUGGCUCUGUGCCACUGAUUUGCUGGGGUUAAGCUGACUGUUAAUCUUUUAUUUGCUUUGUUUUCUCUUAAGACAACGUCUCUGUGUAUGGAAAAGUGUAGGUAUCCAGAGACAAACGUAGAGCAUACAGGCCAUCCAGCUGUAUAUGCCCUACCCCCCCGUCCCAGAUCUGGGACCCUCCCAAACUAGUGAGGCCACUCCUAGGCUUGUCUGUUAGUCCAUUCCAAAGUGGAAUUUGAGGGCAUCCUCCUUGAAAUGGGGGCCUAUCUUUGACACCUGCUUUGUUCGGCUUGCCCAUGGAGAAGGUGAGAAUGGUCAGGGCUGUUCUCACUUGGAAAAAGACCAUCAUGGCCCUAGCUUUGUUUGGAGUUGAGUGUGUGCCAGACAGGAUUUCUCUGUAACCUAGUUAACUUGGAACCCUUUGCCUCUUGCCCUGUACCUGUGGGAAUUGGGGCAUCACACUCAACUUUCCACUAGGCUUUGAUAUUCUCAGGACAGGGUUCAGUAGACCUUCUGGGGAAGUCUGACUUCCCUCACUAACCCAUUCUCACCCUGCUUUUAUCUCCAAAGGAGAAAGCUGGAGGACAAAUCUUGCUGAGUGUACAUUUCAGUACACCCGUACUCAGGUUGUGUGGUAUCCUUAGGGUACAGCUUUCACCAGGCAUUAGGUGUUGCUGUAGCUAGUAUAGGUGGACUGGGUCCCUACAGGAUCCAGGUCAGUUAAGUGCUGGGUUUGCAUCUCCAGAUGGGUGUGAGGUGUGGGGUUCCUGGGUGGCAGCAGCCAUGCUCACUAGCCCUACUGGGUUAAAUCUUGCUCAUGUGGCUAGGAUAAGGUUAUGAAAUAAAGACAGCCUAAGUAA